UUAGAGAAAAUUAGGAAGACUCAAAGGCAAGACCAUUUAAAUGGUGCAGUGUCUGGUUCAGUGCAAGCUUCAGGUAGAUUUAUGAAAGAGCCCAGGGACAUAUACAGAUCACAGAGUUAUAAAACAGGGAUUUAUUCAGUAGAACUCAUAAAUGACAGUUUAUAUGACUGGCAUGUUAAACUGCAGAAGGUCGACCCUGAUAGUCCUUUGCACAGUGAUCUUCAGAUCUUAAAAGAAAAAGAAGGCAUAGAAUGUAUAUUGCUUAACUUCUCUUUUAAGGAUAACUUUCCAUUUGAUCCUCCAUUUGUUCGAGUGGUGUUAACUGUUCUCUCAGGAGGGUAUGUAUUGGGUGGAGGAGCAUUAUGUAUGGAACUUCUCACAAAACAGGGCUGGGGCAGUGCCUACUCAAUAGAAUCGGUCAUCAUGCAAAUAAACGCCACCUUAGUCAAAGGCAAAGCCAGAGUGCAGUUUGGAGCAAAUAAGAAUCAGUAUAAUCUAGCAAGAGCCCAACAGUCUUAUAAUUCCAUUGUACAGAUACAUGAGAAAAAUGGCUGGUACACCCCUCCAAAGGAAGAUGGUUAAAUAGGUUGACUGUUACACAUCUGGACCAAUGUUGCUUUAAAGAAAAUCUUUCCAACGUGC